AAUGGAGGCCGGAGGGAAGGCCGGGUCAGUGCCUGGCGGACCCUGCAGCCCAGCCCUCUUUACGGCACAGCGGGUGUGGCCUGAGCUUGGGAACGUUCCAGGCCAGCGAAGAUAACCCUGAGGACCGUCCAGAUCUGACUCGCCAUCAUGGAUGCUCUGUCAGAAGCAAAUGGCACCUUUGCCUUGACCCUUUUGAAAAAGCUGGGUGAAGACAACUUGAAAAAUGUGUUUUUCUCGCCCAUAAGCCUCUCCUCUGCCCUGGCCAUGGUCUUCAUGGGGGCAGAGGGAAACACGGCGGCCCAGAUGUCCCAGGCACUUUCUCUAAGCAAAAGCAGUGGUGGAGGUGGAGAUGUCCACCAGGGUUUCCAGAACCUUCUCACCGAAGUUAACAGAACCGGCACUCAGUACUUGCUCAGAACCGCCAACAGGCUCUUCGGAGAAAAGUCUUAUGAUUUCCUCUCAUCUUUCAAAGAUUCCUGCCGCAAAUUCUACCAGGCGGAGAUGGAGGAGCUGGACUUCAGCAAUGCUACAGAGGAGUCCAGAACACACAUAAACACCUGGGUAGCCCAGAAGACAGAAGGGAAAAUUACAGACUUGCUGUCUCCAAAUUCAGUUGACCCCAUGACUAAGCUUGUUCUUGUGAAUGCCAUCUACUUCAAAGGAAACUGGGAUAAUCAGUUUGACAAAGAGCACACCCAGGAGAGGCCGUUUAAAGUCAGCAAGAACGUGGAGAAGCCUGUGCAGAUGAUGUUUAAGAAAUCUACAUUCAAAAUGACCUACGUAGGGGAAAUAUUCACCCAAAUUCUGGUGCUUCCCUAUGUUGGUAAAGAGCUGAAUAUGAUCAUCAUGCUACCAAAUGAAAACACGGAUUUGGAAACGGUGGAAAAAGAACUUACGUAUGAGAAAUUCAUAGAGUGGACGAGGCCGGACAUGAUGGACGAGGAGGAGGUGGAGGUGUUCCUCCCCAGAUUUAAGCUGGAGGAGAAUUACGACAUGGAGGGUGUCCUUCGCACUCUGGGCAUGACUGACGCCUUCGAGGAAGCCAGCGCAGACUUCUCCGGGAUGUCGUCCCGGAGAGACCUGCACCUGUCCAAGGUUGUGCACAAGUCCUUUGUGGAGGUCAACGAGGAGGGCACAGAGGCGGCAGCCGCCACAGCUGCCAUCAUGUUGAUGCGCUGCAUCAGAAUCACUCCCAGGUUCUGUGCUGACCACCCUUUCCUCUUCUUCAUCCAGCACAGCAAAACUAGCGGGCUUCUGUUCUGUGGCCGGUUUUGCUCCCCGUAAGGAAGCAGUGGGGCUGCAUGCACCCCUCUGUCUCCUGCAGACCCACUUCCCUGACACUCCACGAUAUGCCUGCAACCCAAAGUGGCCUUCGGUGACAGUCCAAAAAUAAAGUGCCUGAUGGUGAAAUCC